AUGCUUCAAUUCAUCGAGAAGUUGGAUUCGAAUGAGAGAAAUCUUCGAAAACGCAUCGAUUCAGAUUUUAUUUGCAAUCGAGGACUUCUCAAACGUAUUGCCCUGGCAUUUUCAUUUUUCGACACUAUUGAGUUCCGUGCGAUUCGAAAAAAAGAUGUGAUUUUCAUGUGUUUCAGCGGUUAUUCAAAUUAAUGGUUAGUUCAAUUUUCAAUUUUUUUCAAGUCAACUUCAAUCUGAUAUUGUUACAGUGAUGAAAAGAAUAGAAAAACCUUACAUUUGGCAACAAAAUUCGAAAAUUGUAUGAUAGAAGAUGAGGAGAACAGUCAAGUAACAUGCAGUUCAAAAAUCAAAGUAGUUAAUCGACUUAAAAUUCGAGGAACUUUGAAUGUUUUUUCCUGUUCUGAAACUGAUGCGAUGGAUAAAGGUUCGUUUUAACUGGUUUCAAGUUUAUCAGAACAAUUUUUUCAGAAAACAAAUAUAUCGAAAUAAAACUUCUUAAAUAUGGUCGUGAUAAAUAUUGGCUAAAAAACCGUGCAUUGAAUGUUUAUCUUCAAGUUUACCUCUGCAAUAUUCAUUUGUUUUUAUUUGGUUAUCGAUUGAAUGAACGCUAUCAGAAUGACAAAGUUCAUCAAGUUAGUUAACAAUUCCAUUCCGUAUUUUAUCAUUUAAAAAAAUCCUAAUUUUACAGAUCGAAUUGGUUGAUCGAAACAGAUUACUGAUUGAAAUGAUUCAACUGGGCAAUAAAAGUUUCACAGCGGAAACUGUUAAUGAAUCAAUUUGUUUUCUAUACGACACGUUGUCACAUAUCCAAAAAAUGUUGUAUGAAAAUGAUUUGGCGAUUUAUGUCAAGCAAAGUGCUAGAGCAAAGUUUCGUUUUGAAUAUAUCAGUUCCGAAGAUUGUGAAUUUGUUCCAGAAGAAUUUCUUGAAAAGUUUGAAUGA